AUGUUACACAUUCAUUUCUAUACACAGUACGGUGGUCCCUUGACACAAUUUUUCGAACCUUUGUGCCCCACCUCCACCAUCAUUCCUUCGCCACCAAUUGUCUUUGAUUUCCUCAUCGUUUGCGUUUGCUUUUCUUCCUGUCCCAUAUUUUGUUUUGUCCUUAUCUUAUUCUUUUACUUCUUUUCUUCGUUUUCAUUUUCACCUUCUUUGUUGUCUCUUUCUAUUGCCUCUCUCUUCCAUUGUCUCUCUCUCUCUCUCUCUCUCUCUCUCUCUCUCUCUCUCUCUCUCUGUCCGUAUCUGAUAAUUUUCUCUAUAGAUAGCACUUUCUAUCCUUUUCUCUCUGUCAGUAUCCGACUAUUCUCUUUACAGUUAGUACUCUCUUUCCUUCUCUCUAUCUCUGCUCGUAUUUGGUUAUUCUUUCUUCAUAUAGCUCUCUCUCUCUCUCUCUCUCUCUCUCUCUCUCUCUGUCGGUAUAUGAUUCUUCCCUCUAAAGAUAGCACACUCUUUCCUUCUCUCUCUAUUACAAUCUCUUUACUUCCCUCUCUUGCUCUCUCUCCGUCCGUAACUGAUCAUUCUCUCUACAUAGCACUCUCUCUUCUGCUCUUAUUCUCUCUAUCUUUUUUCUUUCUUUCUUUCUUUCUUUCUUUCUUUCUUUCUUUCUUUCUUUCUUUCUUGUUUAUUAUUAUUAUCUCUUUGUUUCUCACAUCAAUCUUUUCUUUUUUCCAAAUUCAUCUUUACGCUUUUACUUCAUUCUUAUCCUUGUUUUGA